UGUGGGAAGUGCUGAAGUUUCAACGCGUCACAGCCGCGUCACACACGGAUCACACGCAGAUUGAUCGCGUGAACGACGCGUCCGGCGGCUCUCUGACGGCUGUGAGCCGAGUUCGAGUCCUCCGGUUGAUAACUCACUACUCUAGCCCGUUAGCGAGCGUCUCUCACGCGCCCGCAGCGCAGCUCUCGGAUAUUAACUCUUCUGAUCGAGCUGAUCGAUCAGCCAAUGAUCAUGGAGAGGAAGAAGACGGACUGUCCGGCGCUUCCACCCGGCUGGAAGAAGGAAGAAGUCAUCCGGAAGUCCGGGCUGAGCGCUGGGAAGAGUGAUGUGUAUUAUUACAGUCCCACAGGAAAGAAGUUCCGCAGUAAACCUCAGUUAUCCCGCUACCUCGGGAACUCGGUGGAUCUGGGAUGUUUCGACUUCCGCACGGGCAAAAUAAUGCCCAGCAAGAUGCAGAAGAACAAGCAGAGACUGCGCAGCGACAACCUCAGCCUGAGCAAGGGAAAGCUGGAUCUGAGCACGGCGCUGCCCAUCAGACAAACAGCCUCCAUCUUCAAACAGCCGGUCACUAAAGUGGUCAAUCAUCCCAACAACAAAGUCAAGACAGACCUCCAGAGAGCCACGGAGCAGCCGCGACAGCUGUUCUGGGAGAAGCGUCUGAAGGGCUUGCGCUCGUCGGACGUGUCGGAGGAAGCGCUCAGGACGAUGGAUCUGCCCAGAGGUUUACAGAGUAUCGGCCCCGACUCGACGGACGAGACGCUUCUGUCGGCCAUCGCUAGCGCUCUGCACAUGAGCUCGGCGCCCAUCACGGGUCAGACGUCCUCGGCGGUCGAGAAGAACCCGAGCAUAUGGCUGAACACAUCGCAGCCGCUCUGCAAAGCCUUCACCGUCACAGACGACGACAUACGGUUCGUCAGUGCACUGGAGUCCCGCUCCGCCCGCCGUGGACACCCGGAUGUGAUGUCAUCAGUCUGCGUCAGCGGCACACGUUCAAUAACUCAUUACCAAUAGCUUCAACCAAGGCCCUUUUCAACUAGAGCAUAUAUUUUUAUGUACAUAUCUAUAUAUAAUUGAAAACAAUGCUUAUUUUGUGUCAGACAGAAGACGGAGAACUCGGCUUUUAUACGGCAAACACAGAGCAAUACUUCCUCGCCUCAAAUCAGGUCACCGUCGCUGGGUUUGUAUCGCGAACUCUUUUUACUUUCGUUUGGUGUCGUUGCUCUCUUCAGGGUUUGUGACGAAUGAUUAAUGCAUACUGCAAACGUAUGAAUGGAAAACUGCUUAUUUAAGAAAAACAUUUUAUACCUUGAGAUAAAAAUGUGUAAAUUUCUUGCAUAAUUCUAGAGUAAAUAAAAGAGUAUAUUCACAAAAAUGUUCUUAUGUUUU